AUGGCCGAAUCUACGCCCCUCCUCUCCUCACAGGGUGAGGUUUGUAAGGUCCAACAUUUCCCCAGUACCCUCCACGGCAAGAAGAUCCUCCUCGCGACUGAAUCAUGGGGUCCCGUCAAUGGAGUCAGUCGAACGACCCGCAGUCUGGUCGAGUACCUGCGCGACAAUGGCGCGGAUCUGAUUCUCGUCGCACCUCAUUUCAAAGGUGACUCGAAGCAGAUGGCGACUUCUUGGGAGCGUCGUUUGCCGGGCUGUGCGUUGCCUUACAACCCCGAUUUGACGGUCGUCUAUCCGUUCCAGUUGGCAGAGGUCUUUGAUCGGUGCUUCGAACCUGAUCUCAUUUAUCUGGCCAGUCCGGCUUCGCUUGGUUUCCAGAUGCUCUUGCAGAUCCGUCAGCUUAGAUCUCCGCCGCCGGUCUUGCUCAACUUUCAGACAGACCUGUCUGCAUAUGCGGAGAUCAUGCUGCCUGCGCCGCUGGAUCAAUUCGGUGUAUGGCUCUUGGCUACUGUGCAGGGGUUCUUGUUCCGCACCCGCGCCGUCCAUACCAUCUUUUAUCCCUGCAGUGCCAUCCGCCGGUAUCUGGAGCGUGCAGGUGCGCCGGUCGACAAACUCGUUCUGUUAGGCCGUGGCGUGGACACUCUUCUCUUCUCGCCGACACGGCGCGAUGAAUCAUACCGGCGACAGAUCGCACCCAACGGCGAGAUCAUCUUAAUCUGUGUCUGUCGCAUCGCCCCCGAGAAGGGAUUCGAGUUCCUCGCACAGGUUGCGCAGCGGCUGGCCGCUGACAAAGUGCCCUUCAAGCUGUUAAUUGUAGGCGGGAACCGCAACCCAGCAGUCGAGAACAAGGUGCAGCGCCUCUUCGACGGCGUCCGUGAUCACGUCGUGUUUGCCGGAUUCCUCACUGGAGCUGCUUUGUCUCGCGCCUAUGCCUCAGCUGAUCUCUUCCUCCACUGCUCUAUCACUGAGACGUUUGGGCUGGUUGUUUUAGAGGCCAUGGCCAGUGGUAUUCCAGUCAUUGCGCGCGACCAAGGUGGCCCCUCGGAUAUCAUCCGUCAUGGACAGACUGGGUACUUGGUUCCACCGCGCGAUCUCGAACGCUUUAUCUCAUUGGUCAAGGACGUUUCCCAUGAUUCACUAAGGCGAGUGACUCUUGCUGUGGCUGCGCGCGAGUAUGCCGACAACACCACCUGGGAGAAGAUCAACUGUCGGGCAGCCUGGCAAAUGGCAGAUGCGUUGUCGCAUGCCGAUCAAGAAGCCCAAGUCCCCCGGCAGGCCGCCCGACGUGGAGUGAUGGGGUCGGUCUUUGAGCAGCUUCGACUGAUUCUGGCCGUGGGUUUGGUGUAUUUCAUGUGGUUGAUUUCAGUAGUCCCGUUGAUCGUUCAUGGCAAUCGAUUCCUUCCCCGAGCAUGGCAAGCAAUCCAGGGACAGUUCCAGGGGACUCGUCCCUUGCGCAGUUGA